AAUAGCAGUCGAGCCGAGUGGUCGUUUGCGCGUGCAUCGACAAUACCAUAUCAUAUAAAACUUACGCGUACACAUCGAUCAAUCGUUACAAUAAUCUGUCGAACAAAAUACAAAACAUGAACACAAUUUUCACUGUCUACAGUAUAUAAUAUAUGUACAUACAUUGCUGUAUAUACUAUAUGUGCAUUUACGUGGAUGUGAAAACCCUGACAAAAUGACCGAAUGGCCGUGGCUGAUGAUUAUACUGGCUCUCAUUAGCACGGUUCAAUGGCCCAGUUCAACAGCACAACACACAAAAUACUAUAAUAAUUCAUACUGGGAAGGGUAUUUAUGGUCUUCUGCAAGGAACAGACCGAAAAGAACAAGUUUUUUUGGUCAAGAUACUACUGUAGCUACAGCCAUUUCUACAUCAAGUUAUAAGGAGGAUCAAAAAGACGCAUCUAUCAUUAAUAUUAAAAAUAUAAAUGUAAGAGAUUCACCAUCAGCAAACUUGACAAAAUCGUUAUUUAAAAAUGAAAAUACAACCAAUAAUACCAAUAAGCAACCCAGCACUGGUUUUAAAUUACCUCAAACAAAAACUUCACCAAUUGUUUUUCCAAAUUCAAUGAAUGAAAAAAUGCAAUCACUCAACAAAUUCGUACCAGAACAACAAGUAAUCGAAAAAUGUUCAUUGAACGAAAGCUUUUGCAUCAAAGUUGAUAAUUAUCCAAGACAAGAACUAUUCAAUAUUUUUAGAACCAGCAAAUAUAUGUCAACUUCUUAUUUUGGAACAGAUACUGUAAAUGAAAUAAAUGAUUUGGAGACAAGAUUGUCCAAUAGUAAUCUUCAACCAUUCUGUGAAUCAAAAGAAGAUGUAAUAUUUCCGGAAGCAGGUAUGACGAAAAACAAUGAAUGGCGUUAUAUUAUACAAGAUCCAAAUAAUGAUAAUACCAGUUUUAAACAAGGAAUUCGAGUGGAGAAAUGUAUAAAUGCUGGAACGACGUGCAAAUUUAAUGAUCUUUUACCAAUUGGAUACACAACAACUUGUGUACAAAAAUAUAUCUAUAAAAAAUUGGUUGCCAUUAAAGAUUCUAAAGAAAUAUAUUAUGAAAGUUUUAAAUUACCAUCCUGCUGUGAGUGCAUGUAUAGUAUAAAUCCGGAUCUAUUAACAAGAAAGGGUGGAUUGGGUGGAGAGUUAGAUAGUCGAAGGUUUCAUCAAAAUCAAUCAGAAACUUCGAAAAGAAACAAAGACAUGUUGAACAAGAAAAAUUAAAAAGGUUAAUAUACACAAAGAAUACAGUAUAUGUUAAACUGUAUAAUGAUAUAAUGUAAUUUCAUAACAAUGUGUAAAUAUAUGUACUGUUUAUUAAAUA